AGGGAACGUGGGUGCGGCCGCCGGGAGUGAGCUCGGACGCCGGGUUCCCGCUAGGGCCGGGGCUCAUCUGCCUUCAGUCAGCCGCUGAGCGGGGCCCAGGACUUGGUGCUCGCAAAGCUGCUCGCGGACUGAGCACGAUGAGGCGGACUGUGCUGCGGUUUUGUAACUCCAGCAAGGGGCUUCUCACUCCUGGCAGAGGACUGACUCAAGGAUCUCUGAAUCUGGAGAAACAGAGAUUCAUCUACACUCAUAAUGGAUGUACAACUAUACACGUGAAUAAUGUUCGUGCUAAAUUGCGGGAGAUAGUAGGAGUGUCCACUAACUAUCAAGACCAUGUGAGAGCAAUGGAGGAAAGAAAAUUACUCCGUAGUUUUUUGGCUGAGUCGCAGGAACAACUGCCACCUAGGAGGAUGAAAGACAGUUACAUCGAAGUUCUCCUGCCUUUGGGCACUCAGCCUGACUUGCGGGAGAAAUAUCUGACUGUUAAAAACACCGUGAGAUUUGGCAGAAUUCUCGAGGACCUUGACAGCUUAGGAGUUCUUGUUUGCUACACGCAUACCAAAAUUGAAGCAGCGAAGAUGUCUCCUUUAUCAAUAGUUACAGCCCUGGUGGACAAAAUUGAUAUGCGUAAGAAAAGCUUAAGCCCAGAACAGGACAUCAAGCUUACUGGCCAUGUUAGUUGGGUCGGUAAGACAUCCAUGGAAGUGAAGAUGCGGAUGUUUCAGUUUCAUGACAAAGAAUUUUUGCCUGUUUUGGAAGCAACAUUUGUAAUGGUGGCUCGUGAUUCUGACAACAAAGGGCCAGCAUUUAUAAAUCCACUAAUUCUUGAAAGCCCAGAGGAAGAAGAGCUCUUUAGACAAGGAGAACUGAACAAGGGGAAAAGGAUUGCCUUUUCCUCUGCAUCGUUACUGAAAAUGGCUCCCAGUGCAGAGGAGAGGACAACUGUCCACGAGCUGUUUCUUAGCACACUGGAUCCGAAGACCAUCAGUUUUCAAAGUCGAGUUUUGCCCCCUAAUGCAGUAUGGAUGGAGAACUCAAAACUGAAGAGCCUGGAAAUCUGCCACCCUCAGGAGCGGAACAUUUUCAAUCGUAUCUUUGGUGGUUUUCUUAUGAGGAAAGCUUAUGAACUUGGAUGGGCUACUGCAUGUAAAUUCUGUGGUUCCCAGCCAUUUGUAGUAGCUGUGGAUGAUAUCAUGUUUCAGAAGCCUGUUGAAGUUGGAUCAUUGUUGUUUCUUUCUUCCCAGGUUUGUUUUACUCAAGGCAAUUACAUUCAAGUCAGAGUUCACAGUGAAGUGGCCUCUCUUCAUGAUCAAGCACAUACAACCACCAAUGUUUUUCAUUUCACAUACAUGUCAGACAAAGAGGUGCCCUUGGUUUUCCCCAAAACAUAUGGAGAGUCCAUGUUGUAUUUAGAUGGGCGGCGCCAUUUCAGCUCCAUGACUUUGCCUGUGAAUAUAAGAGAGGUUUCUGCUAUGGAGCAAUAAGAAAACCCUCAUCUGUUGAAGACCAGUGCUCCACAGUCAUGAUGUGGAGUACUCCAUACUCAUGAUGAAGGCCUGAUGAAAUGUAUUUUCUUUAGGAUUUAUUCUUAUCCUUGAUAGAGAAGAAUGAAUGCAGCUUUUUGGAAAUCAGAAACCAGGAUGAGUGGCUUGGUAGAGCUACUAAAUAGUAAAUACUCCCCAAGAAGCUUUUAUUGUAAACAUGCCAUUGUGCAUAUUGUCUGCUAAAUUUAUAAAUCAUUGGAUACAUUAUUUUUCAUGCACAAGUUACAUCUUGGGACUCUUGGUGUAUAGCAUUUAAGCCAAGGUAUUGAGGACAUUUCUGUGUGUGUGUUUGUGUUAAUGGAAAUAAACUCCAGGAUCUCACACACGUGAGUUAUGCUCUGCUGCUGAGCUACAUAUAUUACUAUCCCCUGAACAGCAUUUUAAGCCUGAUUAUUGCUGAAAUUCCCCUUUUAUUCUGAAAAUCCCAUUGCCACAUUUUAUUUGUAUGUAUUUUUGGUAUGCUUGUAUUUCAAAUUUUUGUUGUUAGCAGAUGUUAGAUGAUACAUUGGGAUGAACAGAUUGAGCAAAAAAUAAUGGCAUCAAAAGAGUCAUACCAAGAAGGGUCCAGAGCAUUAGAUGAAGAAUCCCAAGAUGACUUGUUUGUUCAUUAUUUUCUAAAAACAUUUUUACUGAAGUGACAUUGUAUGUGUUCAUUAAACAUAGCCAGACAGGGGCCAGAGCAAUAGCACAGUGGGUAGGGCAUUUGCCUUGCACGCGACCGACCCAGGUUCAAUCCCCAACAUCCCAUAUGGUCCCCCAAGCACCGCCAGGAGUAAUUCCUGAGUGCAAAGCCAGGAGUAACCCCUGAACAUCGCUGGGUGUGACCCAAAAAGCAAAAAAAAAAGAAAAAACAACAUUGACCAGACAGCUCUUCAGCACAUUCCACUAGGGUCCUGGCAAGACAUAUCUGAUGCAAACACAAAGCAAUACAAGUAACAGUUGCCUCUGCCUAUAGACCAUUUACUAUGUGCUAUGCAGGCACUACCCCAAUCUAACUAACUCAUUUAAUUCUUCCACCGGUGGUAUGAGGUUGAUCUGUAACCAUCUCUUGAGUUAGAUCACUCAGGAAACUGAAGCAUGGAGAGCUUAUGUCCCUUGCUCGAGGUCCCAGAGUAAGUGGUAUUGGGAUUCAGAAUCAGACAGUGUGGGUCUUGAAGUCCCUUUUAUGUGUUUGUUUUGGUGGUCCAUACCUGGUGGUGGUCUGAGACCUGUUCUUAGUUCUAUGCUCACGAGUGCCCCUGGCAUUGCUCAGAUCAUAUGUGGUACCAGGGAUUGAAACAGGGUCAGCUGCAAGGCCUCAUGCAAGGCAAGUUUUUUAAUUCCCCAUACUCUCUCUCUCCUCCCUCCCUCCCUUCCUCCCCCUGACACCUCAUACUCUUGUCAGUACACUGUGCUGCUUCUGGGAAUAUAGAAUAUACCCAAUACCUGCAUCAGCGAGGACCCCAAAGAAAUGUAUUCCUGUGAGUCUGUAGCCACGAUGCAGUUCCUUCCUUGUCGGGCCUGGAAAUUGAUCGAUUGCAGAGGGGACAAAACCUAGGCCAUACAGAAGGAAAAUGCCACUUCAGGCAAGGUAGCUCAGUCAUUUCAGAACCUUCUAGGUUUCUUUUCAAUAGUUCAUCUCAGUUGAGAAUAUAUUGAAACUCCGUCAACAUUGACAGGACCUAUGACACAAAACUGUAUUGAAACUGCAGUCAACAUCGACAUGACAGGUGUCUGGCACAAAUAAUCAUGGGAACAAAGGCAAUGCCUGUAGUUGUGCAAUUCUAGUUGGAAAUCCAGCCCCUACUGUACUGUAGUGGCUUGCUGACUUGUGUCUUAAUGCUCUGGCACUAUUUGAAGCCUCAUUUUUCCUUUUGCAGUCUUUAGCACAUCUUCAUUAAACCCAAUGGGGUUCCCCUGAUAGCUGGUGAAAGGUAAUGAUCCUAGGAAGUUGUGGAGCUGCAUUAAGCGGAAUUUGGUUAUGAUACCCACAACACGCUAUUUGUUGCAUAGAUUAUAAAUUUUACAUUUCACCAGUUCUUUUGUACCUGAAGGUCUUUCUAGAACUUGCCUCAACAUAUAUAAGCAUGUGCUGUAUCACUUGAGCUACAUUUCUGGUACCAAAAAUUACAUUUGUUGACUGUUAACUGUCUUUGUCUGAAUUAUACUGAUUAAACUUAGGAAUUUGCUUACAGUUCUCUUAGUUCAGUAACUCGUUUGAUUCAUUUUCAAUAUCGCAAUCUUAACACCAAAUCUGUUAUAGAAUAAAGAUUUUUGCAUUGUGUGAAA